AUGAAGAAACUGACCAGUUUGGUAAUUUUAGUUCUGGUUUGGACUGUUUAUUUGGUCUCUGCAGAAAACAAUUUAAGAACAUUUGGUUUAUUUAAAAAAAAGAAACCAGCUGUUGUUCCACAAAUAAUAUGGAAGCCACCGAGUUCAGUUCAACCAUACAUGCAAAACUACCAUCCCUACCCUAACAACCCGCCUGCACCUCCCAAACCAUAUUAUCCACCAAAUAACGGUAACAGAUGCAUAUGCAUACCUGGUCUACCAGGAUCGCCAGGUCCUAAUGGAUCACCUGGGAUACCUGGACGGCCAGGAGUCAAGGGAGCAAAAGGAUUUGAUGGUUUGAUUGGAAAUAAGGGCGAACAAGGCUCAAAAGGUCGCAAGGGAGACACAGGGAUUCAAGGACCCCAAGGUACAAGAGGAAGACAAGGUUCUCAGGGGCCAAGAGGUAACAGAGGAGCUCAGGGUGAAAGAGGAAAUAGGGGAAGCCAAGGCAGGAUGGGACAGAGAGGUCAACCUGGAUCUCCUGGACCCGAUGGUCCGAAGGGAUUUAAGGGUCAACCAGGAAGACCAGGAACAACGACAACAACAACUACAACACAGGCAACUACAACUACACCUGCAACUACGCCUACAACAACUACAGAAGCGACAACUGUAACCACACCUACAACAACGACUACAACUACACAAGCUACAACACCAACAACAACGACACCCACUACAACAACUACUACAACGGUGGCAACAACUCCAACAACUACAACAGAAGCAACAACAACAACGACUCCCACCACAACAACUACAACAACAGAAGCUACAACACCAACAACUACAACCACAACGCAAGCGACAACAACUACUACUACAACGGAAGCGACAACACCAACAACUACCACAACUACAACUGAAGCGACAACAACAACUACACCCACAACAACUACUACCACAACGGAAGCGACGACACCAACAACUACCACAACAACAACGGAAGCAACAACUACAACGACACCCACAACAACAACUACGACAACGGCAGCAACAACACCAACAACUACCACAACUACAACAGAAGCAACAACACCAACAACUACCACAACCACAACUGAAGCGACAACAACAACUACACCCACAACAACUACUACCACAACGGAAGCGACAACACCAACAACAACCACAACUACAACGGAAGCAACAACUACAACGACACCCACCACAACAACUACAACUACGGAAGCAACAACACCAACCACUACAACGACACCCACAACAACAACUACGACAACGGAAGCAACAACACCAACAACUACCACAACUGAAGCGACAACAACAACAACAACUACACCCACAACAACCACUACGACAACGGAAGCGACAACACCAACAACAACCACAACUACAACGGAAGCAACAACUACAACGACACCCACCACAACAACUACAACUACGGAAGCAACAACACCAACCACUACAACGACACCCACAACAACAACUACGACAACGGAAGCGACAACACCAUCAACAACCACAACUACGACGGAAGCAACAACUACAACGACACCCACCACAACAACUACAACUACGGAAGCAACAACACCAACCACUACAACGACACCCACAACAACUACUACGACAACGGAAGCGACAACACCAACAACUACCACAACUACAACUGAAGCGACAACAACAACUACACCUACAACAACUACUACGACAACGGCUGCAACAACAACAACAACAGAUGGUGGAGGGCUUAUAGACGUUGAUAUAGGUAUAGGUUCCGGAUCAACGACAACUCCUUCAACAACGACUUCUACAACGGAGGCAACAACAACAACUACCCCCGCUACAACCACAACAACUACUGAAGCUACUACAACAACGACACCUACAACAACAACUACUACAACUGAAGCCACAACAACAACCACCCCCACAACUACAACAACAACCACUACUGAACCCACUACAACAACAACUACUACAACGGCUGCAACUACAACAACAACAGAUGGUGGAGGGCUUAUAGACGUUGAUAUAGGUUUAGGUUCCGGAUCAACAACAACUCCUUCAACAACGACUUCUACAACGGAGGCAACAACAACAACUACACCCGCUCCAACCACAACAACUACUGAAGCUACUACAACAACGACACCUACAACAACAACUACUACAACUGAAGCCACAACAACCACCCCCACAACAACCACCACUGAGGCCACUACAACAACGACACCAACAACAACAACUACUACGACUGAAGCCACAACAACAACAACCCCCACAACUACAACAACAACCACUACUGAACCCACUACAACAACGACUACUACAACGGCUGCAACAACAACAACAACAGAUGGUGGAGGACUUAUAGACGUUGAUAUAGGUUUAGGUUCCGGAUCAACGACAACUCCUUCAACAACAACUUCUACAACAACAACUACACCCGCUCCAACCACAACAACUACUGAAGCUACUACAACAACGACACCUACAACAACAACUACUACGACUGAAGCCACAACAACAACCACCCCCACAACUACAACAACAACCACUACUGAGCCCACUACAACAACGACACCUACAACAACGACACCAACAACAACAACUACUACGACUGAAGCCACAACAACAACCACCCCCACAACUACAACAACAACCACUACUGAGCCCACUACAACAACGACUACUACAACGGCUGCAACAACAACAACAACAGAUGGUGGAGGGCUUAUAGAUGUUGACAUAGGUUUAGGUUCCGGAUCAACGACAACUCCUUCAACAACGACUUCUACAACGGAGGCAACAACAACAACUACACCCGCCCCAACCACAACAACUACUGAAGCUACUACAACAACGACACCUACAACAACAACUACUACAACUGAAGCCACAACAACCACCCCCACAACAACCACCACUGAGGCCACUACAACAACGACACCAACAACAACAACUACUACGACUGAAGCCACAACAACAACAACCCCCACAACUACAACAACAACCACUACUGAACCCACUACAACAACGACUACUACAACAGCUGCAACAACAACAACAACAGAUGGUGGAGGACUUAUAGACGUUGAUAUAGGUUUAGGUUCCGGAUCAACGACAACUCCUUCAACAACAACUUCUACAACAACAACUACACCCGCUCCAACCACAACAACUACUGAAGCUACUACAACAACGACACCUACAACAACAACUACUACGACUGAAGCCACAACAACAACAACCCCCACAACUACAACAACAACCACUACUGAACCCACUACAACAACGACUACUACAACGGCUGCAACAACAACAACAACAGAUGGUGGAGGACUUAUAGACGUUGAUAUUGGUUUAGGCUGGAUGACAUUAAAUAGUAUCCCGGGACUUUUUAACGAUAGGACAAAAAUCGGAGUUUUGCUUACUAUUGAUAAUAUGUACACUUGUACCAUAAUUAACAGAAUGAAGAGCCUGAUCAGUUUGGUUGUUUUGGUUUCGGCACUAUAUUGUGUGUCUACGGAAAGUGAUACAAAAACAUUUGGUUUGCAUAAGAAAAAACCACAGGUAGUACUAUGGAAGCCAUCAAUUCCAACUCAACAAAUGCAACCAUAUAUUCCAAACUACAAUCCUUAUCCUUACCCUAACUAUCCACCUGCACCUCCAAUGCAAUAUUAUCCACCAAGCAACGACGGCGGCGGCGGCGGCGGCGGUUGUAUAUGCAUACCUGGUCGCCCAGGACCACCAGGUUUUGUUGGUAGCCCUGGUACGCCAGGUAGGCCAGGAACCCCAGGAAUGAAAGGACCAGACGGUAUGAUUGGCAACCCAGGACAAAGAGGUGACAAAGGUCCAAUGGGACCACCGGGAAAUGUUGGACCUCCAGGUCGUAAAGGACAACAAGGAAAUCGGGGACAAGCAGGCCAACGAGGUCAACCGGGUUUGCAAGGGGAUAGGGGAAAUCCAGGAAUGCAAGGAAGUCCGGGUGCACCAGGACCUACAGGACCAGGUGGACCAAAGGGUGUAAUGGGACCACCAGGUACACCAGGUGCAGCAACAACUACAACAACGGCACCCACAACAACAACUACAACAACGGCAGCAACAACACCAACAACUACCACAACUACAACGCAAGCGACAACAACGACGACACCCGCCACAACAACUACAACAACACAAGCAACAACACCAACAACAACCACAACAACGACGACACCCGCCACAACAACUACAACAACACAAGCAACAACACCAACAACUACCACAACAACGGAAGCUACAACACCAACAACUACUACAACUACAACAGCAGCAACAACAACAACGACACCCACCACAACUACCACAACAACAGAAGCGACAACACCAACAACUACUACAACUACAACAGAAGCAACAACAACAACGACACCCACAACAACAACCACAACAACAGAAGCGACAACACCAACAACUACUACAACUACAACAGCAGCAACAACAACAACGACACCCACCACAACUACCACAACAACAGAAGCGACAACACCAACAACUACUACAACUACAACAGCAGCAACAACAACUACUCCAAGAGACCCUCUUAUUGACGUCACUAUAGGUUUGGGAGGAGAUACGACAACAACCACAACUACAACAGCAGCAACAACACCAACAACUACAACAGCAGCAACAACACCAACAACUACAACAGCAGCAACAACACCAACAACUACAACAACGUCUACCAAUCCCCCUCUAGUAGAUGUUACUAUAGGCGACCCUUCAAAUCCUAUUGUUGAUGUCGGUAUAGGUGAGGCGACUACUUCUCUCAUCGGUGCUGUUGUAGGUCGUUCAUUUUCUGACUCAACUACUUCAUCGAGUAUUGUAGAUUUGAAUCAAGGCUAUUUCGUGCGCAGAACAAGCAGAAUGAAGAAACUGAUCAGUUUGGUAGUCUUAGUUUCAGUUGUAUUUUUCGUCUCGGCAGAGAGUGCAGAAAACGACAUAAAAACAAUUGGUUUCAAUAAGAAAAAACCGCAGAUAGUAUUAUGGAAACCACAACCACCAAGUACAAUUCAACCUAUCUACUAUCCCUAUCCCUAUCCCUAUCCUAGCAAUCCUCCUUCAACGCCCAUGCCAUAUUAUCCACCAAGCAACGGUGGCGGUGGCGGUGGCGGCGGAUGCAUAUGCAUACCUGGUCGUCCAGGACCACCAGGAUUUGUUGGUAGCCCUGGUACGCCAGGUAGGCCAGGAACCCCAGGAAUGAAAGGACCAGACGGUAUGAUUGGCAACCCAGGACAAAAAGGUGACAAAGGUCAAAGCGGUACACCAGGAACAAUUGGGCCGAACGGUGCCGCUGGACCACAAGGAAAUCAAGGACCUGCAGGUCCAAGAGGUCCAAAUGGAAUACCUGGAACCGUGGGAAAUCCAGGAAUGCCAGGAAUGCCCGGCUUACCAGGACCUACUGGACCAAUUGGACCAAAGGGUGCAAUGGGACCACCAGGUGCACCAGGUACAGCAACAACUACAACUUCAACGGAAGCCACAACAGCAACCACAACAACAUCAACGACAGCAACAACACCAACAACUACUACAACAACAACAGCAGCAACAACUACCACAACAGGAGGCAACCCUAUUAUUGACGUCACUGUAGGUUUGGGAGGAGAUACGACAACAACAACGUCAGCAACACCAACAGCAACACCAACAACUACAACAACGUCUACCAAUCCACCUCUAGUAGAUGUUACUAUAGGCAACCCUGCAAGUCCUAUUGUUGAUGCUGGUAUAGGUGAGGCGACAACUUCUCUCAUCGGUGCUGGUGUAGGUCGUUCAUUUUCUGACUCAACUACUUCAUCGAGUAUUGUAGAUUUGAAACAAGGCUCAUCUCAACAAUUUCCAUCCUCGGGUGAAUGGAACGAAUCGAAUUUACCAGCAACAAGUAGAGAUAGAGGUGGCAAUACACCCUUCUUGAUUGAUCCUGUUCAGACAAGAAUGCUCGAUUUUGGUGAGGCAAAAACCAGCGUCGACAACAAAUAUGCUAAAGUGGAGUCCCUGAUUAAGCUCCAGCAUUUUCUGUCUGAUUCAUGGAAAGAUGUUAAAUACUUUAAGUCGCUCCAGGGUUUUUUAGCUACUCCUGGCUUUAUCGAAUUAAAAGUCAACAAUGAGUUAUGUCAUCUGAACAGGAGAAAAGAUUAUUUAGCAUCGACUGAAAGAGUAAUGGCAGGCCUGACAAAUGGCUUGCUGGAUUCGAAAGAUUUAAUGCGAUCAGGUUUACAAUCUAUAAUUAAUUGGGCAAAUAAUUCUUCAAACCGUUUGAAGAUUCGUCUGUCAGCACAAUACCUUCCGGGGAGGUACAAUUGCAUUGCGGACAAUCUGUCUCGGGGACAGCGUCUGCCAGAGUGGCACCUGUUGUCUCCGGCAACAAACAAAAUUUUCAAUCUUUGGGGUACUCCAGACGUCGAUUUGUUCGCGUCUGCAGAAACAACCGUCGUCAACAGCUACGUCUCAUUAGACUGCAAAGAUCGAUUAGCUCUCUUCUCAAACGCCUUCAGCCAUCAGUGGGACUUUCCACUGGGUUGGAUAUUUCCACCGCCCAAUUUAAUGCCAAGGGUAUUAGACCACUUGAAUUUGGCAAAAGGGCGCUACAUUAUAGUGGCACCAGUUUGGGAGAAAACGUUUUGGAUAACCGAUUUGAGGUCACGAGCCCUAGCAAAUCCAAUGGAAAUAGAAAAUCUACAAAAAGUUUUAGUGGAUAUGUCAACAAACUCAAGUAGACCGUUUAGCCCUUCAGGCUUGGUUAGUUGGAGUUGGGGCAAACUAAUAGACAAAUGGUCUAUUCCUGGAAAACAACUUUUUAAUGAAAGCUGGAGGCGUUCUACUCUAAAUACAUAUUAUCCAGCAAUUAAACGAUGGUUUGACUGGUGCGAACAAAACACAGUAAAUCCGAAUUCACCACAAUAUCAACACAUUGCGAGGUUUCUAGCGCAUUUGUUUUUAGACGAAAAUCUAUCGUACAGUACGAUUUUGGUUCACAACUCAGCCAUAGCUACUUUCUGUGUCCAGUUACCUGAAGAUUCCGAAAAUAUUUUGGUUAAACACGUGCUCAAAGCAAUUUUAUCUGCUCAACCGAGGAAAGUACAAUGGCCAAUUUGGGGACCCAAAGGUGAUCCAAAACCAGCACUAAGGACUGUUAUAGGUGGAUGGGUUCGAUCAGUUCUCAGAGAUUCCGGUAUUGAAGCAUCACCGGGAAGCAUCAGAUCAGCUAUAGCUUCAGCCAGUUGGGAACAAAAUCAUUCUAUUCAGGAUAUACUUGCCAGAGUCUUGACUCUGUUUUGCGCUUCUGCACAACGAGAAGGCAAAACAUUUGGGAUAUUUAAAAAAAAACCAGCUGCAACUAAAAGACCGAUAUCACAAAUAAUAUGGAAAACGCCAAGUGAAAUUCGACCUUAUAUUCAACAAUACUAUCCCAACCAUAAGAAUCCACCUGCUGAUAUAAAACCCUAUUAUCAGCCAGAAAAAAAAUGCAUAUGUAUACCGGGUCUACCAGGUCCAACGGGGCCUACGGGUGCCCCUGGAUUAACAGGGAAGCCAGGACAGAAAGGAUUAAAAGGAUUUGAUGGAAUAAUUGGUGAUAACGGUGAAAAAGGAAUGAAAGGUCGCAAGGGAGAUACAGGAAUAAAAGGACCUCAAGGACAAAAAGGGAACAGGGGGUCUCAAGGGCAAAGAGGCACAAUGGGUGCUACGGGCCAAAGAGGAAAAAGAGGAAGCCAAGGCAGGAGAGGCCAAAGAGCGACAACACCCACAACCACCACAACUACAACCGAAGCAACAACACCAACAACCACCACAACCACAACUGAAGCGACAACAACAACUACACCCACCACAACAACUACAACUACAGAAGCCACAAUACCAACAACUACCACAACUACAACGGAAGCAACAACUACAACGACACCCACCACAACCACUACAACUACGGAAGCAACAACACCAACCACUACCACAACCACAACGGAAGCAACAACUACAACGACACCCACAACAACAACUACAACUACAGAAGCAACAACACCAACAACUACCACAACCACAACUGAAGCGACAACAACAACUACACCCACAACAACUACUACGACAACAGAAGCGACAACACCAACAACCACCACAACUACAACGGAAGCUACAACAACAACAACACCCACAACAACAGCGACAUCAACAACACCAACAACUACCCCCACUACAACUGAAGCGACAACACCAACAACUACCCCAACUACAACGGAAACGACAACACCCACAACCACCACAACUACAACCGAAGCAACAACACCAACAACCACCCCAACCACAACUGAAGCGACUACAACAACUACACCCACCACAACAACUACAACUACAGAAGCGACAACAACAACAACUACAACGGAAGCAACAACUACAACGACACCCACCACAACAACUACAACUACAGAAGCAACAACACCAACAACUACCACAACCACAACUGAAGCGACAACAACAACUACACCCACAACAACUACUACGACAACGGAAGCGACAACACCAACCACUACCACAACUACGACGGAAGCAACAACUACAACGACACCCACAACAACAACGGAAGCAACAACACCAACAACUACCACAACCACAACUGAAGCGACAACAACAACGACAACGACACCCACCACUACCACUACAACUACGGAAGCAACAACACCAACCACUACCACAACCACAACGGAAGCAACAACUACAACGACACCCACAACAACAACUACAACUACGGAAGCAGCAACACCAACAACUACCACAACUACAACAGAGAACCGACAACACCAACAACUACCACAACUACGACAGAAGCAACAACUACAACGACACCGACCACAACAACUACAACUACAGAAGCCACAACACCAACAACUACCACAACAACAACGCAAGCAACAACUACAACGACACCCACAACAACAACUACAACUACAGAAGCAACAACACCAACAACCACCACAACCACAACUGAAGCGACAACAACAAAUACACCCACAACAACUACUACAACUACGGAAGCAACAACACCAACAACUACCACAACUACAACAGAGAACCGACAACACCAACAACUACCACAACUACGACGGAAGCAACCACUACAACGACACCCACCACAACCACUACAACUACGGAAGCAACAACACCAACCACUACCACAACCACAACGGAAAAGCAACAACACCAACAACCACCACAACCACAACUGAAGCGACAACAACAAAUACACCCACAACAACUACUACAACUACGGAAGCAACAACACCAACCACUACGUCGGAAGCAACAACUACAACGACACCCACAACAACAACGGAAGCAACAACACCAACAACUACCACAACCACAACUGAAACGACAACAACAACGACAUCAACAACUCCAACAACUACAUCGGAAGCGACAACACCAACAACUACCACAACUACGACGGAAGCAGCAACAACAACUACUACGACAACGGAUGCGACAACACCAACAACAACCACAACUACGAUGGAAGCAACAACUACAACGAAACCCACCACAACAACUACAACUACAGAAGCCACAACACCAACAACUACAACGGAAGCAACAACUACAACGACACCCGCCACAACAACUACAACUACGGAAGCAACAACACCAACCACCACAACAGGAGCAACAACUACAACGACAGAAGCAACAACACCUACAACUACCACAACCACAACUGAAGCGACAACAACUACUACGACAACUGAAGCGACAACACCAACAACAACCACAACUACAACAGAAGCGACAACACCAACAACUACCACAACUACAACGGAAGCAACAACUACAACGACACCCACCACAACAACUACAACUACAGAAGCCACAACAUCAACAACUACAACGGAAGCAACAACUACAACGACACCCACAACAACAACUACAACUACAGAAGCAACAACACCAACAACCACCACAACCACAACUGAAGCGACAACAAUAACUACACCCACCACAACAACUACAACUACAGAAGCAACAACACCAACAACUACCACAACUACAACGGAAGCAACAACUACAACGACACCCACCACAACAACUACAACUACAGAAGCCACAACACCAACAACUACAACGGAAGCAACAACUACAACGACACCCGCCACAACAACUACAACUACAGAAGCAACAACACCAACAACUACCACAACUACAACGGAAGCAACAACUACAACGACACCCACCACAACAACUACAACUACAGAAGCCACAACACCAACAACUACAACGGAAGCAACAACUACAACGACACCCGCCACAACACCUACAACUACCACAACCACAACUGAAGCGACAACAACUACUACGACAACUGAAGCGACAACACCAACAACCACCACAACUACAACAGAAGCGACAACACCAACAACUUCCACAACUACAACCGAGGCAACAACACCAACAACCACCAUAACUACAACAGAAGCGACAACACCAACAACUUCCCCAACUACAACCGAGGCAACAACACCAACAACCACCACAACUACAACAGAAGCGACAACACCAACAACUACCACAACUACGACGGAAGCAACAACACCAACGACACCCACAACAACAAUGGAAGCUACAACACCAACAACAACCACAACUACAACAGAAGCGACAACACCAACAACUUCCACAACUACAACCGAGGCAACAACACCAACAACCACCAUAACUACAACAGCAGCGACAACACCAACAACUUCCCCAACUACAACCGAGGCAACAACACCAACAACCACCACAACUACAACAGAAGCGACAACACCAACAACUACCACAACUACGACGGAAGCAACAACUACAACGACACCCACAACAACAACGGAGGCAACAACACCAACAACUACAACCGAACCGACAACACCAACAACCACCACAACUACAACAGAAGCAACAACACCAACCACAACUACAACAGAAGCGACAACACCAACAACUUCCACAACUACAACCGAGGCAACAACACCAACAACCACCACAACUACAACAGAAGCGACAACACCAACAACUACCACAAUUACAACCGAGCCAACAACACCAACAACCACCACAACUACAACAGAAGCGACAACACCAACAACUACCACAACUACAACCGAGGCAACAACACCAACAACCACCACAACUACAACAGAAGCGACAACACCAACAACUACCACAACUACAACGGAAGCGACAACACCCACAACCACCACAACUACAACCGAAGCAACAACCACCCCAACCACAACUGAAGCGACUACAACAACUACACCCACCACAACAACUACAACUACAGAAGCCACAACAACAACAACUACAACGGAAGCAACAACUACAACGACACCCACCACAACAACUACAACUACAGAAGCAACAACACCAACAACUACCACAACCACAACUGAAGCGACAACAACAACUACACCCACAACAACUACUACGACAAUCGAAGCGACAACACCAACAACUACCACAACUACAACUGAAGCGACAACAACAACUACACCUACAACAACUACUACGACAACGGCUGCAACAACAACAACAACAACAGAUGGUGGAGGGCUUAUAGACGUUGAUAUAGGUAUAGGUUCCGGAUCAACGACAACUCCUUCAACAACGACUUCUACAACGGAGGCAACAACAACAACUACCCCCGCUACAACCUCAACAACUACUGAAGCUACUACAACAACGACACCUACAACAACAACUACUACGACUGAAGCCACAACAACAACCACCCCCACAACUACAACAACAACCACUACUGAACCCACUACAACAACGACUACUACAACGGCUGCAACUACAACAACAACAGAUGGUGGAGGGCUUAUAGACGUUGAUAUAGGUAUAGGUUCCGGAUCAACGACAACUCCUUCAACAACGACUUCUACAACGGAGGCAACAACAACAACUACACUCGCUCCAACCACAACAACUACUGAAGCUACUACAACAACGACACCUACAACAACAACUACUACAACUGAAGCCACAACAACCAUCCCCACAACAACCACCACUGAGGCCACUACAACAACGACACCAACAACAACAACUACUACGACUGAAGCCACAACAACAACAACCCCCACAACUACAACAACAACCACUACUGAACCCACUACAACAACGACUACUACAACGGCUGCAACAACUACAACAACAGAUACGACAACAACAACUACACCCACAACAACUACUACGACAACGGAAGCGACAACACCAACAACUUCCACAACUACGACGGAGGCAACAACAACAACUACCCCCGCUACAACCACAACAAGUACUGAAGCUACUACAACAACGACACCUACAACAACAACUACUACUACCGAAGCCACAACAACAACCCCCACAACUACAACAACAACCACUACUGAACCCACUACAACAACGACAACUACAACGGCUGCAACAACAACAACAACAACAGAUACUACUACAACAACAACACCCACAACAACAACGACAUCAACAACACCAACAACUACAACUACAACCGAAGCAACAACACCAACAACUACCACAACCACAACUGAAGCGACAACAACAACAACACCAACAACAACCACAACUACAACAGAAGCGACAACACCAACAAGUACCACAACUACAACCGAGGCAACAACACCAACAACCACCACAACUACAACAGAAGCGACAACACCAACAACUACCACAACCACAACUGAAGCGACAACAACAACAACACCCACAACAACUACUACGACAACGGAAGCGACAACACCAACAACUACCACAACUACGACGGAGGCAACAACAACAACUACCCCCGCUACAACCACAACAAGUACUGAAGCUACUACAACAACGACACCUACAACAACAACUACUACUACCGAAGCCACAACAACAACCCCCACAACUACAACAACAACCACUACUGAACCCACUACAACAACGACAACUACAACGGCUGCAACAACAACAACAACAACAACAGAUAGUGGAGGGCUUAUAGACGUUGAUAUAGGUUUAGGUUCCGGAUCAACGACAACUGCUUCAACAACAACUUCUGCAACGGAGGCAACAACUACCCCCGCUACAACCACAACAACUACUGAAGCUACUACAACAACAACACCCACAACAACAACGACAUCAACAACACCAACAACUACAACUACAACCGAAGCGACAACACCAACAACUACCACAACCACAACUGAAGCGACAACAACAACAACACCAACAACCACCACAACUACAACAGAAGCGACAACACCAACAACUACCACAACUACAACCGAAGCGACAACACCAACAACUACAACGGAAGCGACAACACCAACAACAACCACAACCACAACAGAAGCGACAACACCAACAACUUCCACAACUACAACCGAGGCAACAACACCAACAACACCAACAACAACCACAACUACAACAGAAGCGACAACACCAACAACUACCACAACUACAACCGAUCCAACAACACCAACAACCACCACAACUACAACGGAACCGACAACACCAACAACCACCACAACUACAACGGAAGCAACAACUACAACGACACCCACAACAACUACUACGACAACGGAAGCGACAACACAAACAACUACCACAACUACGACGGAGGCAACAACAACAACUACCCCCGCUACAACCACAACAAGUACUGAAGCUACUACAACAACGACACCUACAACAACAACUACUACUACCGAAGCCACAACAACAACCCCCACAACUACAACAACAACCACUACUGAACCCACUACAACAACGACAACUACAACGGCUGCAACAACAACAACAACAACAGAUAGUGGAGGGCUUAUAGACGUUGAUAUAGGUUUAGGUUCCGGAUCAACGACAACUGCUUCAACAACAACUUCUACAACGGAGGCAUCAACAACUUCUUCACCAACUGAAGCUCCAACUACAACGGAAGCGGCAACAACUGCAUCUACAGCCACACCUUCAACAACUUCAUCAACAACGGAAGCUUCAACAACUCAGUCAUCAACUUCAACAGAAGCUUCAACUACAACCACAAGUACUACACCUUCAACUACUUCUACAACGUCACCAGGUGGUUCUCUAAUAGAUAUUGGUUUAGGUUUAGGCUAAUUCUUUGACACGUGCACUAAAAUAAUCAAAUCCUCAACUACAAGUACAACAGACACGACAACAGCGAAAACAUCUACAAAUGAAAAAUCAGGAUUAUUACAACUUUAACUGCAAGAACAAGCUGACAUUUUUCUUUUAUAGAUAGGUCUAGAUUAAGAUUUAAUCAUCAAAUGAAUAAUUUUAAUGUAUUUAGGCUAGGUAUAUAGAAAUUAUCAAUUAAGUAUAUGUAUUUUGAAUUUCUUAAAUAAAUUAA